AUUGUAAUUGUAAUAUUUUCUCAGUGUAUAAUUACAUUGUAUUUCUUCCAACAAUAAACUGCAAUAAUUUUCAACAAUUAUUUUCAACAAUCAAUCAUUUCUGAAUCAUUUUGGCUUUAGAUGAUAAAAAAAACUGAUUAAUGUUUCAGAAUCUAUUCUUAAAGUACAACUCAUUUCCUAAUCGUCCUUCCCAUUUUCCGCUUCUGUAAAUACUAGAUAAAAUUUUCGACAAGUUCGAAAUCUUAUCAGUUUUAUCGAUAUACUUAAAAUACCGAUGAAAAUUUCGGCAAUCGAUGAAACUUACCUUAAUCAUUUUUUUUCUUCAUCAUGUCAAAGUCAGUAGUGGAAGAUCCGAAUAAUUCAUUUAUUAAUUUUCAAAAUUAUAAUAAUACUUUUUUUGAAAGUGGAAAUGAAAAUACAACACAAAAUAUGGUUGCAGAAGAACCCCUUCCAUGGGACACAUUUAAGUGUAUCCCACCAAAAAAGAAAAGUGAAUCAAUGCAAAAUAAGAAAUGUUUGGAUAUAUUAAUGCGUAUUAUUAAAAUAAUAGUGUAUGGUAUUCUCUUCUGCAUUGUCCUGUGUAGUGGUUUAAUUUCCAAAUUUACAAUUCUUUUUGCUGUGUCACAACUUGAAGAGAAAAAUUCUACACAAUUUUGUGAUCACUAUUCAGAAUACAAUGAAAAGUUGAAUGUACAGAUUUCCAAAAAGGGUAGGGUAAUUUGGACAUGGUAUAUCAUUUUUAUGUUUCUUAUACCAGAAUGCAUUAGUAUAAUAUAUGCAGUAUGGGAUUUUCUUUUCAAAAAAAAAGUCAAGAUGCCCGCGAAACGAAGAAUUGUAUUUCUUCUUCUACUGGAAACAAUUCAGUCAAGCGGUUUAGCUCUUUUAAUUUUUUAUAAUCUUCCAAAAAUUAAUUCCAUAGAUGCUGCUGCACUUUCUAGCUGUGUUUUUUUCAUUCCUGCUGUGUUUGCUUUAUUUUCUCCAAAUCAAUGGUAUACAAAAACAUGUACAACAUUUCUCUUAGUAUUAGGAUGUAAUACUUUAACAUUAAUUGCCCAAGGCUCUGGGCUAGUUUUACAACCCUUUAUAAAUUACAAUAUAAAUGAUCCUUUAGCUUGGACUCUUCCUAUAUCUCUUGUAUUAUGUUCUUCUCGAUGGUGGGGCAAUUAUAUAUCUCAGUCCAAUAAUUGUGGUUUUAUAACAAUGUUGGUGAAAAUAAAAAUGGACUUGAAAAAUAGUUACCAUAUAUUACACGGAUAUAUGGCAUUUUGGAGGAGUCUCAUUUUUAUUUUAAGUACUCUUGUGAUUUCAACUUUUCAGGGAAUUGAAGUUAAAGAAUUUUUUCAAUUUAUGUCUCAAAGGAAUUAUAAUAUUGAAUUAGUUCCCUUUUCAAAAUCUCUUUAUAGUGGAGAAUCUUACUUUGCUGUAGAUUCAUCUGCACCUUUAUACACCUUUUUAUUGCAUACUUUUAGCUCUUUUCUCGUGUACGAAUCAGCUAAGUUUGCAUACAAAACUAAAAUGCAUAAGUUUGGAUUUGCUUUUCCAAUAAGCUUAGUUACUCCAGGAACCAUAGCUUUAAUCACACUAUUUUGUAUCAUGAGAAAAGAAGAUUCGUGUACCUUUCAUAACUCAAUACCAGAUUAUUUAUUUUUUAAUGAACCUGAAUAUAAUGACAUUCAUGAAUUCCUGUUAAAUUGGCGUGUCUGGUGUUGGAUAGCAUGGUGGUUAUCACAAAUAUGGAUCACUGUGCAACUCUGGUUAGGAGAAGUUGAAAGACUUGCUACUGCAGAAAAGAUCUUUUAUAAUUUAACUUAUGACUGUCUCAUGACUGACCAGUUUAUAGGAUUAAAUAAGAGAAGACAUGAAAGUUAUGGUGUCAUUACAGGAAACGAAUACACAAACUUCAUUACAGAAUUAGAGAUUGGUAUCAGUAAAGAUAAUACAGAUAUCAAACAAAAUCCUUGUAUUACUCAAAUUUAUGCUUGUGCAACUAUGUGGCAUGAAGCGAAAGAGGAAAUGAAUGAACUAAUUGGAAGUAUUUUAAGACUGGACAGAGAUCAUUGUGCUAUGAAAGUUACACAAAAAUAUUAUAAAAUUACUAUUCGUGAUUAUUAUGAACUUGAAACACACAUAUUCUUUGAUGAUGCAUUUUGUUGCAUGCAUGGAUGUAUAGGAUCUUGUGAUCACAAUGAAAAUGACACACACAUAAAUCAAUAUGUGGCAACAUUUGUGAAAACUAUGGAAAAAAAUAUAAGAAAUCUUGGUAUGACUUUUUCACCACCAAUUAAAUGUCCAACACCAUAUGGUGGUCAACUGAUUUGGAUGUUACCUGGAAAAACACGUCUAACUGUACAUCUUAAGGAUAAAAAUAAAAUAAGACAUAGAAAAAGAUGGAGCCAAGUCAUGUAUAUGUAUUAUCUCCUUGGUUAUCGUCUGAUGAACUCAUCAUUAGAUAUUGAUACUAAGGAAUUGAAAGCAGAAAAUACUUAUAUUUUAACACUUGAUGGAGAUAUUGAUUUUCGUCCAGCAGCUGUUAAAGCAUUAUUAGACUUAAUGAUCAAAGAUAAGGAAUUAGGUGCAGUUUGUGGAAGAAUACAUCCAGUAGGAGAAGGUCCUGUAGUUUGGUUCCAAAAGUUUGAAUAUGCAAUUGGACACUGGCUUCAGAAAUCAACAGAACAUGUAACAGGUGCUGUUCUCUGUAGCCCAGGUUGUUUUUCCCUUUUUAGAGCAAAAGCAUUGAUGCAACAUAAUGUCAUAGCAAAAUAUGCAACUAAAUCAACUGAACCCAGACACUAUAUUCAGUAUGAUCAAGGAGAAGACCGAUGGCUUUGUACACUAAUUCUGCAAGCUGGUUGUAAAGUACAAUAUUGUGCAGCUGGUGAUGCUUAUACCCAUGCACCAGAAACAUUCAACGAAUUUUAUGUUCAACGACGGCGAUGGAUUCCAUCAACUAUGGCCAACACCUUUGAUUUAUUAAACAGUUCAAAGGAAACCAGAAAAGUAAAUGAUAAUAUAUCAUGGCUGUACAUAGUUUAUCAGUGGAUUUUAACAGGUAGCACUAUCAUAGGACCAUCUUUUAUAUAUUUAAUGAUGUCUGGUGCAUUUGUUACUUCUUUCCAAAUAGAUAACUGGUCUAGUUUCUGGUAUAAUUUAAUUCCAAUCAUUAUUUUUAUGAUAGUGUGUUUCUACUUCAAUGUACGAGUCCAGCUUAUAGUGGCUGAAAUUAUUACAGUUAUAUAUGGUCUAGUAAUGAUUAUUGUAUUAGUUGGAAUAAUGCUUCAAAUAGCUGCAGAUGGAUUUCUUGCACCUAAUGCUCUCCUAUUUUUUAUUGUAAUCAGUCAGUUUGUGAUGGCAGCUUUCUUACAUCCAAAAGAAAUAUCAUGCCUAUCUAGUGCAAUCAUUUAUUAUAUUACUGUACCAUCAAUGUAUAUGUUAUUGAUCAUUUUUGCUAUCUUCAACCUACAUAAUAUUACAUGGGGUACCAGAGAAUCUAAAGUACAACAAAAGAUCUCACAAGAACAAAAUAUGAAGAAUAAAUCACAGUCUAAUGAGAACAAUACAAAUACUGACAAUGAAUCCCAAUUUUCUUUAGCUAAAUUAUUCAAAUGUAAUUUUUGGACAUGUAAAAAUUCGGAAAAAGAAGAGAAAUAUUUAACUGCUAUAUAUAAUUCUCUAAAUGAAAUGAACAUACGCUUAGAACAAAUAGAAAGCAAUUAUAAGCAUAGCAGUAUAACAGAAGAAAGCACAAAAGAAAAAAAUUAUGAUGAAAGUAAACCAUCCAGUGAAAAAUCAGAUGUUACUGAAGAUUCAGAUACAACUCAAGAAUAUGACAGUGAUAUUUCAGAACAAACACAUUAUAUUCGUCAUCAAAAACAUCUAAAUUAUUUGGUAAAUCCUUAUUGGAUUCAAGAUGAACGAUUAAAAGGUGGAAAAGUAGAUUUUCUUCCAAAUUUAGAAGAAGAGUUUUGGAAACAAUUAAUUCAGAAGUAUUUGUAUCCUAUUGAAAAAGAUGAGGAAAAACAGAAAGAAAUAGAAAAAGGUUUGAUAGAUAUACGUAACAAAUGUCUCAUAAAGUUUUUUAUGAUAAAUACACUAUUUGUGGUAGCAAUUUUUUUACUGCAACUUAACAAAAAUAUCCUGUAUUUUCAAUGGCCUUUUGCUAUUGAAUAUAACAUUACUUAUGUAGAGGAUUAUGAAGUACAUAUAGAUAAAACAUAUAUGCAUUUAGAACCAAUUGGAUGUUUGUUUAUUAUUGCAUUUAUUUUUAUAUUACUUAUCCAAUUUUUAGCUAUGUUAGCACAUCGAAUCAAUACCUUCUCUCACAUAUUAGCUAAUAUGAAGUUACAUCUAACAUUUUCUGCUAAGGAAAAAAAUUCAACAGAUGAUGCAAAUAUAAAUAAAUAUGCAGAUGACAUAGUUAUGGGAUUACAAAAUGCAGUAGUAAAUCAAACAAGUAAUUCAAAACAAAGUGAAAGUUUAAGAAGAAGAAAAACAGUUCAAGAAUUAAUGGAAGAUGUUGAAGUUCCAUCAAGUAUAUCUUCUAAUUUCGAAGUACUCUUCCAUCAGAAGUUACAAGAACCUGAUUUUCUAACAGAAACAAUUUCAAGUGUAUCAAAAAGUAUAAAAGUACCUGAAAACGAUAACCCAAAAACAUUAACAGAACAUAAUACAAAAAAAUCCAAAAAUAUUACACAUGAUACAAAAAAUGGUUCAACUUCAAACCAUGACCUCAAAAAUGAAAAUAAGGAGAAAGAGAACCUCGAAUAUGACAACUCAACAUUUAUAAAUGACAGUGACAUAUAAGUGUAAAUACACUGAUUAGUUAUAUUUAAUUGAUAUGUAUGUCUUAAUUAUAUUAAACAAUUAAACGAAUAAAUAAAGUACA